AUGUCCUUUCUCAAAAACGCUACUAGAGUCACCCCUCGCUUCUCAUUAGCUGCCAAGAAUGCAGUUGCUCGUCGUGCUAUGGCAUCUGCUGCCAGACCUGCACCCAAGACACCUGUCGACCCCAAGGCUGCUGGCCCCAUGUUGAAGUAUCAAGCCAAUUUGCCCAAGUUGCCUGUGCCUGCUUUAAGCGGUACCUUGCAAAAGUACCUCCAAUCUGUGCGCCCUCUCUUGGAUGAUGCCGAAUACAAAAAGACUGAGCAAGCCGCCAAGGAAUUCGAAGCACCUGGUGGUUUUGGUCAAAAGCUACAGGAGCGUUUAGUAGCUCGUUUCAAUGAUCCCAGCGUCGUCAACUGGAUGGAAGAUUGGUGGUUGGACCAAGCUUAUAUGGGUUACCGUGAUCCCGUUGUGAUCUAUGUCAGCUACUUCUUUUUGUACAAAGACGACAAGUUGCGCAAAUCUCCUGCUCAACGUGCUGCUGCCAUCACCACUGCUGCUCUCGAGUUCAAGAAGCAAGUUGUUGACAAAACUCUGUCUGUUGAAAUGGCCAAGGGAGAGCCUAUGUGUAUGGAUUCCUACAAGUACAUGUUCAACAACUGCCGUAUGCCCAAGAAGCCAUCUGAUUAUGAGGCCAUUUUCGACCCUGUCAAGAAUAACCACGUGGUAGUCCUUCGCAAGAACAAAUUCUACGUUGUUGACACCUUCCAUAACGGCAAGCAAUUAUCCACCAACGAGCUCCAACACCAAUUCCAAAGAAUCAUCGAUCAAGCAGGAUCUUCUAAAGGUCUUCCCAUUGGUGUCUUGACUUCAGAUAACCGUGAUAGAUGGACAGAGUACAGAGAACGUUUGGUGGCUGCUAAUCCUGAUAACGCCCGCUAUUUAGAAAAGGUAGAAUCAUCCGAUUUUGUCAUUUGUCUCGAUGAUCAAAAGCCUGUGACAAGAGAUGAGGGCUCUCGUGCAUGCUGGCAUGGUGAUGGCCGCAACCGUUUCUUUGAUAAACCUUUGCAAUUCAUUGUCUAUGAGAAUGGUAAGGCUGGUUUCAUGGGAGAGCACUCUUGUAUGGAUGGCACUGCUACCUGCCGUUUGAAUGAGUACGUUUGUGAUGGUUUAAACAGAGAUAAGAUCAACCAUGGUGAUGUCGAGGUUCGUUCUGAUCUUCCUAAUCCUGAGGAGAUCCAGUUCCACGUGAACGACACUAUCAUCAAGGAUAUUCAAACUGCCGAAUCCAACUUUGACCAACUCAUCGCCAAGCAUGACCUUACUGUCUUGUCAUACCAAUCCUACGGUAAGAACUUGAUCAAGAAGUUCAAGUGUUCCCCUGAUGGCUUCACUCAAAUGGUCAUUCAAUUGGCCUACUACAAGAUGUUUGGCAUAUCCCGCCCUACUUAUGAAUCUGCUCAAACUCGUAAAUUCCAACGUGGUCGCACUGAGACUGCUCGUACUGUCACCACUGAAUCUGUUGCGUUCGUAAAGGCUAUGGAGGAUCCUCAUCUCGAUAACCAAUCAAAGAUUGCUGCUUUCCGUGCUGCUCUCAAGACUCAAGGUGCUUACAUGGCUGAUGCCGUUAAUGGUCAUGGCGUUGAUCGUCAUUUCUUUGGCUUGAAGAACUGUAUCCAGCCUGGUGAAGAGAAGCCUGAACUCUUUACUCAACCUAUCAAUGCCUACUCUUCUCACUGGUACCUUUCCACAUCCCAAUUGUCCUCUGAGCACUUUGAUGGUUACGGUUGGGGUCAAGUUGUCAACGAUGGCUUUGGCUGUGCCUACAUGAUCAAGGGGAAUGCUCUCCAAUUCAACGUUGCCAGUGUCAAAGAUCUUGAAGUGCACGGCACCAAGUACGUUAACGGUACUCAUCACUUCAAGCAAUGUCUUGAGGAUGCUGCUAAUGAUUUGAGAGAUUUGUUAAACACUGAAAUCGAGUCCGAAGCCAAAUUGUAG